UCUAGACCAAACACGCAUCAGCAGCUAGAUAGUCUGCACCCUUGACAUCAUGCCGUACCGCUCGAUCAUCGCUCGCCCGUUGUUCGACAAGAACAGGGCUCUUCCGCGAAUGAGCUGGGCUCCGGAGAACCUAUACAACCUAUGGCAACGUGUCUCGCCCGAUGGCCCCCUGCGUAGCGAGACGAACUUCACCCGGACCUCGCUCACGCUCUUUCAACAACGAUGGCGCGCAAAGAGGUUGAGCAGGGGGUAUCACGGGGACCAUAUCGCCGAACAAAAGUUUGAGAGGUGGUACCUCCCCGACGCCUUGCCUUCCAUCCACGGGGCCUCUUCAACAUCAACAUCUACCAAAACGUCGAAAUCCCGGGAACUAGGGAAGAUGGUAGCAGGUCGGACGAGGGAAGGAGGUCGGGCCGAGACGGAACGUACCAAAGCGCUGCUGGAAAAGAAAUCCCGGACGCCCAUCGGGACGUUGCUCUACAGGGAGGUGGAGAGGAGGUUGGACGUGUUGAUGUUCAGAGCUUGUUUCGCCACGUCGGUAUGGCAAGCGAGGCAGUUGGUCGUGCAUCGGAAAGUGAGGGUUAAUGGGGUCGUGGUGAACAACCCGAACGUCCGUCUGAACCCUGGGGACCUAUUCAGCGUGGACCCGCAAGCUAUCCCGAUGCUCUCCAAGCAAGUCGCAGAGCAGGGCAAAAAGCAAAAACAGGUCGUCGAGACUCCUGCCGAAUCCUUAGAGUCUUCUGGAGACCCCACCUCCGAGACCUCCGCCGACACCGAAAAAUCAGACUCAGAAAUCAAACCCACCUCGAAAUCGACAUCAAAGGACGCCUACUUUACCCUCCCUCCUUACGCAGCACCGCACCUCUUCAUCCCCGCCUACCUCGAACCCAACUUCAAGACCUGCGCUUGCGUGUACGUCAGGCAUCCCACGGCCCGGCCGGGGUACAGCGAGGUCCCUUCGCCUUAUGAUGCUGAUGCUCCGAACAUGAAGAAACGAAGACAUCGAUGGAUGAGCCCCGAGAGGCAGACGGACCGAAAGUAGAGCUGCGUGAAACCGGGAUUGCAAGUCGAGCUCAAUUUGAGUGAGGAGCGCGACGACGAGCUCAGGGCGAAGUGAGCCUUGACCGAGCAGGGAGAAGAUGUUGUAUGACGAGUUGGACGAUCGGAGGCGUUCGAGUCCCUACCGAUGGCAAGUGCGGCGAGUCUUAUGUGCAACAUACUUAUGAGCAUACACCACGUUCGUCUUGCGCUUCCA